UUACUCCUUUACACACACAUACAAUAUGGAUAAUUUGGAGUUAUGUGAAGCAAACAACGUUCCUCUAACGCCCAUAACGUUCUUGAAGAGAGCUUCCGAGUGUUAUCCGAAUCGAACUUCGAUAAUCUACGAACAAACUCGUUUCACUUGGCCUCAGACCUAUGAUCGUUGCUGUCGUCUCGCUGCUUUUCUACUCUCUCUUAACAUCACCCGCAACGACGUCGUUUCGAUUUUGGCUCCAAACGUACCGGCCAUGUAUGAGAUGCAUUUUGCCGUUCCCAUGACCGGAGCCGUACUUAAUCCUAUUAACACGCGUCUUGACGCCAAAACCAUAGCUGUCAUCCUCCGCCACGCCCAGCCAAAGUGUUUAUUCGUGGACUACACGUUUGCUCCUUUGAUCCAAGAAGUCCUUCGUCUCUUACCCUUUGACAGUUCAAAACUUCACCCGCUUAUCAUAUCCAUCAACGAGAUUGAUUCCAAUACAAAGCCUUCCUCCAUGGAGUUAGACUACGAAGGUCUCAUCCGUAAAGGAGAUCCUAUGCUGUCCUCGUCCGCAAGUUUGUUCCGUGUCCGCAACGAGCAUGACCCUAUUUCUUUGAACUACACUUCUGGCACCACAUCCGAACCAAAAGGUGUGGUGAUUAGCCACCGCGGAGCCUACUUGACAGCUUUGAGCUCGAUUAUUGGCUGGGAAAUGGGGAUAUGCCCCGUCUACCUUUGGACCCUUCCAAUGUUUCAUGCCAAUGGGUGGACACACACAUGGUCAGUGGCUGCACGUGGUGGCACCAAUGUAUGCAUCAGAAAUGUGACGGCCAUUGAGAUCUAUAAGAACAUAGAAUUGCAUGGUGUGACCCACAUGUCUUGUGUUCCUACGGUCUUUAGAAUUCUCCUCGAAGGACGUCGAACAGAAAAGUUACAAAGGUCCACGCCUGUUCAAGUACUAACUGGUGGUUCAUCCCCGCCAAUUGCGCUUGUUGAGAAGGUUGAGGCGUUGGGGUUUCAGGUGAUGCACGCUUAUGGACUUACUGAGGCUUCGGGUGCAGCACUCUAUUGUGAGUGGCAGGACGAGUGGAACAUGCUACCAAAGCAACAACAGAUGAAGCUGAAAGCAAGGCAAGGGGUAAGGAACAUAACCCUAGAUGAAGUUGACGUGAAGAAUACGAAAACUCAGGAGAGUGUCCCACGCGACGGGACGACAAUGGGAGAAAUUGUCAUCAAAGGAAAUAUUGUAAUGAAAGGGUAUCUAAAGAACCCUAAAGCAACAUCUGAAGUGUUUAAACAUGGAUGGCUUAACACUGGAGACAUAGGUGUGAUUCACCCUGAUGGGCACGUAGAGAUCAAAGACCGAUCCAAAGACAUUAUCAUCUCGGGAGGUGAGAACAUAAGUAGUAUUGAGGUCGAGAGAGUUCUUUACAAGCACCAGAAAGUGCUGGAGGCCGCGGUUGUGGCCAUGCCUCACCCUUUGUGGGGUGAAACCCCGUGUGCCUUUGUUGUACUAAACCACGGUGAAACUAAUCAAGAAGAUCGUGAAAAGGAAUUUGUGACGAAAGAAGAAGAUUUGAUUAAGUAUUGCCGUGAGAAUAUGCCGCAUUUUAUGUGUCCAAGGAAGGUGGUGUUCUUGGAAGAACUGCCAAAGAAUGGAAACGGAAAGAUACUUAAGCCAAAUCUGAGAGAUAUCGCUAAAGGUUUGGUUGACGAUGAGGACGAGACCCGUUCCAAAGAAGUUCAAGGACGCAGUGUUAAUCACAUUCGUGCCAUUGAGGCUAUACGCCCUCUCCUAGCUGAUCCACCAAGUCAAAUUCUAAAUCCACCACCACCCUCGCCCGUAUGGCCCUCUCCACCAUGUGGAUCUAAUAUCGGGAGUCAAGUUACUGCAAUAGGAGAGAAGUCUUGUAGACAAAUUCCAAGGCCUCCUAAAACCAAAAAGAAGAAAACUCCAAAGCCUCUUAAAACCAAAAAGAACAAAAUUUCAAGGCCUCCUGCAGCAAUUCCGUGAUCUCCAAACAAGGGUUUGCAGCAAAGACGUUAACAGAUACAACUAUGAUCCAUUUUGGAGUACACUUAUCCUUUGAAAAUUCAUGAAGCAUUUUAGUGGAUUGUACAAUAUUUUGUGUUCGCCUCGUUCUUCAAUAAAUAUAUUAUCUUAAU